AAGAAGUGGUGAAAACUCCACACACAGAAGGCGUAAAUGAUUCAACAUGAAGAGGACUGACUUGUCGAACAUAUAGGCUCUGCUGAAACUUUAGACGUUACACGGCUGUACUGAAACUUUACACGGCUGUUCUGAAACUUUACACAGCUGUACUGGAACUUUACACAGCUGUACUGAAACUUUACACGGCUGUACUGAAACUUUACACGGCUGUACUGAAACUUUACACGGCUGUACUGAAACUUUACACGGCUGUACUGAAACUUUACACGGCUGUAUUGAAACCUGUACAGGGCUCUGCUAAAACUUUACACGGGUGUAUUGAAACUUCUACAGGACUCUGCUGAAACUUUACACGGCUGCACUGAAUCUUUACACGGGUGUAUUGAAACCUCUACAGGACUCUGCUGAAACUUUACACGGCUGUACUGAAAUAUAACACGGUUCUACUGAAACUUUAGACAUUUCACGGCUGUACUGAAAAUUUACACGGCUGACAUUUUGAAGCAUAACACGGUUCUGCUGAAACUUUACACGGCUGUACUGAAACAUAACACAGUUGUACUGAAACUUUAGAUGUUUCUCGGCUGUACCGAAAACUUUUUACGGCUGUAUUUAAACUCAACACAGUUCUACUGAAACGUUACACGAACUUAACAUUAGUGAUUAGGCGCCAUGAGUAUUUUAGAAUGCCCACCAUUGCUAAGUCUACCAAAGACGGAAACAUUACAUGCGACACCAGAGAUCAUCCUCAAUACACGUGAUCGAUAUUUUGGCGCGGAAGUGACAAUUUCCUGUCCAGACGAUUACCACGUGGUAGGGGAGCACGCAGCCAUAUGUUUAGAAUCUGGAAGCUGGGAUCUCGAAACACUGCCUCACUGCUCAGAUGUAAUGUAUGGGGUCCCUGAUUCAACAAAGAUCUACAUCGCUGUCUUUGCCAGCUGCGGAGUCCUGGUCAUUCUCUCUUUCGCCAUCCUCAUUGCCAGAAUACUGUGUGUUUUUCGAAGGCCUUUAGCACAAAGCUCCAGAGACGAGUUGGGUAAAAGCACGGAGUCCGUGGCGUCCAUUCGGUACUUCCCACAGGAAGCUCAAUACCAGGAGACCGUGGUAGACAUGCCGCAUAAAAACGGGAUGUUUGAGAGCUUCUGUAAUCCCGGCUACGUCAGCAACGAAGUACAUCCACAGACACGCUGGUACAACGAACAAGCACACAACGGCUGGACGGGCAGACAGACAAGUUACGACAGUUCCUUUGAUGGGGAAUCUUUAGGCUACAUAGUGGACGAACCGGAUGACGGGCAGCGAGCGUGGAGUUCUGCCGGAAGUACGGAUAUGUAUGAGAAUGACAGAUACAACAGAUUAUCUCGUCAGUCGCGAAUACAGGAAGUGGUGGAGGAUGAUAGGACGCCAUUUUGAUGUAUUUUAACGAUUAGUAGAGGAGAUCCCCAUUGAAUUAUUUAUUGUAUUUUAUGUUGAACUGUGAUAUUCCUAGAGAAAUUGUUACAUACAUGUAUAUAUUGCAAGACAAAACUGAUUGAUGAAAAUAAAAAUGCCAAAUGAAACUUUGAUGAGUUACAAAUA